CUCGGGCUAGAGAACCUUCGCAUCCAAUAACUGUAAGCCCUCUUCUCGUUCUUGCAUUCUUCAUUCUCUCUCUUUUCAACUCUCUUCGUAAGGAUUCUCAGUGGUUCAACUGUGCCCAUUGCAUGUUUGUUUGAUCCGUUCUUGCGGGCAAGAAUUAGUUACGAUACCGUCACCGGUUUCUCCAAGAAAAAAAAAAGAAGCUGAAGAGGAUUUAUACCCAUCAAAUUAUUCAGUGAUGAGUUAAAGGUUGGUUUUGUUCGUUUGGGGGACUGAGAAUAUGACUUCGACUUUUUGGUGAAUUUUCAUUUGCUGACAUCUAGCUUAGUAUGGAUAGGUAGAAAGAUUUCGGAGGGUGUUGAAGUUAAGCACGUCACUAGGGCAGGAACUGUGGUUCUUUUCGUUUCCUUUUUGGAAACCUAGAUUGGAAUAAUGGAGACUCCAUCUUCUCACGGAUCCAUUUCAAAGCGGGCUUUAAGAAGGAAAUCUAAUUUGCGGAACUAUGAUGAGAAUCUGAUGGAUGAAUUGUUUGAAAAAGAGUUGGGCAGUGCUUUGAAAAAGAAGAGUAGGACUAAAGAAGAUAUAGAGAAGGAGACUGAGACUGAGGCUAUGAUUGUUUCUCUUGGGUUCCCAAUUGAUGCGCUUCUUGAGGACGAGAUUAGAGCUGGGGUUGUGAGACAAUUGGGUGGGAAGGAGCUGAAUGAUUACAUUGUUAUAAGGAAUCAUAUAUUAGCAAGAUGGAGAAGUAAUGUAAGGACGUGGUUAACCAAAGGGCAGAUUAGAGAAACUGUUAGCAGUGAGUGUGAACAUUUGAUAAAUUCUGCUUAUAAUUUUCUUUUGUAUAAUGGGUACAUAAAUUUUGGAGUUUCACAGUCAAUCAUUUCUCAGAUGCCUGAGGCAACUGAAGGGUCUGUAAUUGUUGUUGGUGCUGGCCUUGCUGGUUUAGCUGCAGCAAGGCAGCUCAUGUCAUUUGGUUACAAGGUAAUUGUACUAGAAGGUAGGAACCGGCCUGGUGGAAGAGUAUAUACUCAGAAGAUGGGACUUGAGGGCAAAUUUGCUGCUUUGGAUCUUGGUGGGAGUGUUAUCACUGGCAUUCAUGCAAAUCCUCUAGGAGUUUUGGCUCGGCAGCUUUCUAUACCACUUCAUAAAGUCAGAGACAAUUGCCCUUUGUACAAGCCAGAUGGAGCGCCAGUUGACAGGGCAAUGGAUUCAAGUAUUGAAUUCAUUUUCAAUAAAUUGCUAGACAAAGUUAUGGAAUUGAGGCAAAUUAUGGGCGGAUUUGCAAGUGAUGUUUCUCUUGGAUCAGUCCUGGGGACACUCAAAAUGUUGUAUGCUGUGGCCCGAAGUACAGAUGAGAAGCAACUAUUGGAUUGGCAUCUGGCAAAUUUAGAGUAUGCAAAUGCUGGAUGUCUUUCAAAUCUGUCAGCUGCCUAUUGGGAUCAGGAUGAUCCUUAUGAGAUGGGUGGUGAUCACUGCUUUCUUGCUGGUGGUAAUUGGAGGCUGGUAAAAGCUCUAUCCGAAGGAGUUCCUAUUUUUUAUGGAAAGAUUGUCGAUGCUAUUAGAUAUGGAAACAAGGGUGUUGAAGUUAUUGCUGGGGACCAAACCUUUCAAGCAGAUAUGGUGCUAUGCACUGUACCUCUUGGAGUUCUAAAAAAGAAGGCCAUCAUUUUUGAACCUGAAUUACCAGCAAGAAAGCUGGCAGCUAUAGAGAGGAUGGGGUUUGGGCUUCUGAACAAAGUUGCAAUGGUUUUCCCUUAUGUGUUUUGGGGGGAAGAGCUAGACACAUUUGGGCAUCUCAAUGAGCAUAGUCAUCAACGGGGAGAAUUCUUCUUAUUUUACAGUUACCAUACUGUUUCUGGAGGUGCAGGACUUAUUGCACUGGUGGCUGGUGAAGCUGCACAAGCCUUUGAAUUUACAGAUCCAUCCAUUUUGCUCCAUCGUGUUUUAAACACCCUCAGAGGUAUAUAUAGCCCUAAAGGCAUCCUUGUGCCUAAUCCAAUACAGACAAUUUGUACGAGAUGGGGCAGUGAUCCGCUUUCUUAUGGUUCAUACUCUCAUGUCAGUGUGCACUCAUCUGGCCAUGAUUAUGAUAUACUUGCUGAAAGUGUCGGAAACCGGCUGUUCUUUGCUGGUGAGGCGACAAGUAGGCAAUAUCCAGCCACAAUGCAUGGUGCUUUCUUGAGUGGCUUAAGAGAAGCGUCUCGCAUUUACCAGGCAACUCAUCUUCGACAAAAUAAUCCUAGGAAAUAUGUCCCCAAGAAUAGUGGCCCAUAUAAUGAUAUAUUGGCAGACCUAUUCAAGAAGCCUGAUCUGGAAUUUGGGAAGUUUGCUGUAUUGUUUGAUCCUUCAUCAGAAAACCCUCAGUCAAAGGGGCUUAUGCAAAUCACUUUUGGAAAUGCCAAAGAGAGUGACAAGGAUGAUUUAUUAAGUAGCUAUCUGAACACUACAGCGCUCCCGAUGCAACUUUACGCUAUUAUAUCCCGUGAACAAGCAGACCAGCUUCAGCUAAUCACUGGAGGGGAUGAAAAUAGAUUGUCAUAUUUGAUAAAAAACCUUGGCUUGAAACUCAUAGGAUCCAGUGCUUUACUUAACGAAGGCAACUCUUUAGUAGCUACUAUUGCUAGCACCCGAAGAGGCAGGGGAAGGAAUCGCUAACUAAAGUGGGCAGCCCCAUAUCUUUCAUGAUAUUAGUUUCUGUAUGUCAGCAUGCCCCGUGAUUUUCUUGUGCCGGGCCCAUAAAAAGAUCUACCAAGUAGGUUAUUGAUUUGUUGUCAGAGUUAAAAGCUUCUACAAAGGUUUUGACCAGAGAUGAUUUGAUGCCUGAAGGCAGUCUUAGGUCUCCUUGACUUGUUAGCUGUAUCAUAUAGCCAUAGCAUAGAUCAAUUAUGUAACUGUAAGAGAAUUUUGAGUCUGUUUUGUAUUGUUCAUUGUGACAGGAGUGAUGGGUCAGUACACUAGAGUGGUGCUGGACCAAACCAUUGUAUCAUUUUUUUUCCUUGCCAGCAACCAUUGUAUCAUUUAUCCAAGCCCUCGAGUGCAAAUCAAUUAGGCAUUAAUAUA